AUGUCUCUGGGAGUCGAACCGGUGAUCAAGGAGUCCUCGUCUCCUAGUAGCUGUGGUCACUGUCACGUUAGUUACGGAGUCUGCAUGCUCUGUGAAUCGACGGUGGACAAACGCCAAGGCCUACCAUUCGAUUAUCAACUCCAAGGUUCUAAGCUAAGCCACGAUGCUGUGACGUCAACGAAGGGAUUUAUAACGCAAUACCAUUCUCACAAGAAGAAUAAGCUUCACCUAAAAAAAAAAAAGAAUAAGCUUCACCUUGUCCUUGACUUGGACCACACGCUUAUCCACUCCGCUAGUGUUUCAUGUCUCUCCGAAGAAGAAAAGUAUCUAAUCAAAGAAGCGGGUUCGAAAACAAGGAAAGAUCUAUGGAAGAUUAAACUCGGAGAAGAUUCCACCGAUCCAUACUUGAUAAAGCUACGGCCUUUUCUCCGCAAGUUCUUGAAAGAAGCCGACAAGAUGUUCCUAAUGCAUCUUUACACGAUGGGUAGUCGUGGCUACGCUGAAGCCAUGUUGGAGCUAAUUGAUCCCGAUGGAAUCUAUUUUGGUGAUAGAGUGAUAACAAGAGACGAGAGUCCUUACGAGAAGACGCUUAGUUUGGUUUUGGCUGAGGCGCGUAAAGUGGUCAUUGUGGAUGAUACGCGUCGCGUUUGGACCUAUCACAAGAGUAACCUAGUAGAUAUUAGCAGGUACCACUACUUCAGAGUCGACUUCCAACAAGAGUCGAAAAGUUACUCGGAGGAGAGGAGAGACGAGAGUGAAAACGACGGUGGAUUGGCCAAUGUUCUGAAAUUACUCAAGCAUGUUCACAGUGGAUUCUUUAGAGUCAGGGAAGAGUUAUUAGGGAAACAGGACGUGAGGUUUCUGCUACAAGAAACAGACAUCCAACUUCUCAACUAA